GUAAUUUAAAUUGCAAAUUUAUGUAUGUGUCUUACAGUCGAACCCUACGAUUUCAAUACACGUCGAGUUCUUUGGAAUCUUUAGGAGUCUCUGUAAUUUCCGAGUGGACAAGGUCUCUGAGCACAUGGCAUGAAACAAACGUCAAGAUACAAAUACACAUAAAAGUUCAUUCAGUUUGUUCGGUAUGUUAUUCACGACAGGUACACAGGUAGUUUAAAUGACAUUGAAACUAUCAUUACCGUGUAAAAAAAUUCUACGAAACCGACAAAAUUAUGAAACAAUCUAUUAGAUUUUAAUACUUUGAAGUGCAGUUGUUGGAAAAAUGUUUGUUAAUGUUUAAUUAUUUAAGAAAUAUGUGGUUCAAAAUCAUUCCUUGACAGUGGACUGAAACGAUGGAAAAUGCAAAAGGAAACCAUCAAACAAAUAACCCGAACGAUAUUCAAUUGAAGGAAUCCCGUUCGAGACCGUGCAGCUUUUACGAAAACAGCGGCAUUGAACACUUAAACACUUCGAAUAACAACAUAUCCAAGGAUGAAAUUUCCACUAGAUCUCAAAUAACUUUUGUGAACACAACAGUUCCGGUUAAUAUGACGACACAGGAUAUCGCCGGAAAACACACACCUACUAGAAACAGCUUACGACAUAGCAGAAUGAUUGUAAUGAAUAAAACCGGAGAAGCACCAACAAACACGACUAUAACUUUACAUCACCAUAAGUUUAUACGAUUUCUACUUGUAGGAAUUUUGGUUAUAGGACUAGCCAUGUGCAUAACCUCUUUAUGGUUGUUACUUUGGACACCAAAUUUGAGAUCAAAAGAUAAUCCUGGUUGGGGUGGAAUACCGGUACUGGUAUCUAGUUUUGCUGGAAUACUUUUUACAACUAGUAUACCUAAUCCUAAAGGAUAUUCAGGUAGGAAAUUCGGUUAUUGGCAGAAAACGCUUAAGUACGUUUCAAUAUUCACCAGUACGAUGGCGGCUUGUACAUCUCUACUGACGUUCGUAUUCUCUCUACUACACGUCAUAGGCUUGAACGCAAUGACGUGCGCUCCUCCAGAGAAGCUGGACUCUACUUGCUUCUGCAGCUUCAACACUACGGAAGCAUCGGUGUUAGAUACCAGUUACCAUUACGUCGAUUUGGGUUGCGAAGAAGUCCAAAAUAUUUUGAAUGUUUUAAUUAUAUUUGUGAGCAUUAUAAGUAUUUUGGCGUUUAUAUUCGAACUUUUUUAUUUGUAUAUGCAUUGGGUAAAUAGAGAUAUACGUAAAUAUUCCAGGGUUCCGAUUAACGUAAAUGCGUUCCAUAUUCAUAGAGAAAAUAGGUAACACAUAAUACGAAGGAAAUUUAGUGUAGAUAUAAUUUUUAUAAAAAAAUAUAUAUAUUGUAUUAUUUCGAA